GGUCAUGGGGGGGUUCCGGGGGGGAGGUGCGAGGCCCGGACCCACCACUUGCAGAGCCCACCCCAGUCUCGGCGCGCUGAGCCCAGGGCGGGCCAGCCUGGACUCCCAACUCACCUGGCUUCGGCUGGAGGGAAGCGCCAGACACCGGAAACAGCGGUGACGUCAUCAGCCCGCGCCUGUGUAACGGCCCGUAGUAUGCUAGCAACCUCUGGGCACCCAGACGAUGUGGGGGCGUGGAGUUGAGAGGCCCGGUGCUGGCUAGGCCUGCGGGAGGACGGGUCCCAGGACCCGAGUGAGGGUUCCACACCUGGCCUUCAGUACGGGUCAAGACGCAGGCACCUACGCCAAAGGGGAGCAAAGCCGGCCUCGGCCUGAGGGCCCCCAGGACCUCCAUCUCCCAAUGCCAGAGGUGGUCUCCGCCCACUUGCUCGCUGAGGUUCCCUCCCAGGAAUCCGCCACGUGACGGUCGGACCACCGUCUCUGACUAGAAGAGCCCCGAAAGCGCCAUGGCUCCCCAGAAGCUGCUCUGCCUUCCCUCCCUGCUGCUGCUACUCCUGACGCGGCUGCUGCCCCAGGCAGACACUCGGUCGUUUGUAGUGGAUCGGGAUCAUGACAGAUUCCUCCUGAACGGGGCCCCGUUCCGCUACGUGUCUGGCAGCCUGCACUACUUUCGGGUACCACGGGUGCUUUGGGCAGACCGGCUUUUCAAGAUGCGAAUGAGUGGCCUCAACGCCGUACAGUUUUAUGUGCCCUGGAACUACCACGAGCCAGAGCCUGGGGUCUAUAACUUUAAUGCCAGCCGUGACCUCUUUGCAUUUCUGAAAGAGGCAACUUUAGCAAACCUGUUGGUCAUACUGAGACCAGGACCUUACAUCUGUGCAGAGUGGGAGAUGGGGGGUCUCCCAGCCUGGUUGCUUCGAAAACCUAAAAUUCGUCUGAGAACUUCAGAUCCAGACUUCCUUGCCGCAGUGGACUCCUGGUUCAAGGUCUUGCUGCCCAAGAUACAUCCAUGGCUCUACCACAAUGGGGGCAACAUCAUUAGCAUUCAGGUGGAGAAUGAAUACGGUAGCUACGGGGCCUGCGACAUGAGCUACAUGAGACACCUGGCUGGGCUCUUCCGUGCACUGCUUGGAGACAAGAUCUUGCUCUUCACCACAGAUGGCCCUGAAGGCCUCAAAUGUGGCUCCCUCCAGGGACUCUAUACCACUAUAGAUUUUGGCCCAGCUGACAACAUGACCAAAAUCUUUGCCCUACUUCGGAAGUAUGAACCCCGUGGGCCAUUGGUGAACUCUGAGUACUACACAGGCUGGCUGGAUUACUGGGGCCAGAAUCACUCCACACGCUCCGUACCAGCUGUAACCAAAGGACUAGAGAACAUGCUGAAGUUGGGAGCCAGUGUGAACAUGUACAUGUUCCAUGGAGGUACCAACUUUGGAUACUGGAAUGGUGCUGAUGAGAAGGGACGCUUUCUUCCAAUUACUACCAGCUACGACUACGAUGCACCCAUAUCUGAAGCAGGGGACCCCACACCUAAGCUUUUUGCUAUUCGAAAUGUCAUCAGCAAGUUCCAGGAAGUUCCCUUGGGACCUUUACCUCCCCCCAGCCCCAAGAUGAAGCUUGGACCUUUGAGCCUACACCUGGAUGGGAAUUUGCUGGCUUUCCUAGACUUCCUAUGUCCCCAAGGGCCCAUCCAUUCAAUCCUGCCAAUGACCUUUGAGGCUGUCAACCAGGACCAUGGGUAUAUGUUGUACCGGACCUAUCUGAUCCAUACUGUUUCUGAGCCAGCACAAUUCUGGGUGCCAAACAAUGGAGUCCAUGACCGUGCCUACGUGAUGGUGGAUGGGGUGUUUCAGGGUGUUUUGGAACGAAACAUGAAACACAACCUAUUUUUGACGGGCAAAAAGGGGGCCAAACUGGAUGUCUUGCUGGAGAACAUGGGGAGGCUCAGUUUCGGGUCUAACAGCAGUGACUUCAAGGGCCUAUUGGAGCCACCAAUUCUGGGGCAAACGGUCCUUACCCAGUGGCUGAUGUUCCCUCUGAAAGUUGAUAAUCUUGUAAAGUGGCGGUUUCCCAACGAGUUGCUGAAAAGCUCACAUCCUCAAACUCCCUCUGGCCCCACCUUCUACUCUACAACCUUCCCAAUUUUAGACUCAGGCGGGGACACAUUUCUCUUUCUACCUGGAUGGACCAAGGGCCAAGUCUGGAUCAAUGGGUUUAACCUGGGCCGCUACUGGACAAAGAGGGGGCCACAACAGACCCUCUACGUGCCAAGACCCCUGCUGUUUCCUAGGGGAGCCCUCAACAAAAUCACGUUGCUGGAGCUAGAAAAUGUGCCUCUUCGGCCCCAAAUCCAAUUCCUGGAUAGGCCUAUCCUCAAUGCCACUGUGCAUAAGACACACAUCUGUUCCCUCUCAGCUGAAAGUGCCUCUGAACCAAUGGAGUUAAGUGGGCACUGAAAGAAAGGUAACCCUUGGACCUGGGACAUGUAGUGGGCAGGAUCCCUUGGUGCUAGUCAUGGUGACCGUAAGGAAACAAAGGCCACAGGUCUGAAUGUAAGUACAAGUGCAGUUUCCUUGCCAAACUUCAUUGUGAUUAAAAUUCAAGAGCCAGUACCAGCUCCACACACCUCUAUGGCCCUGGUUCCUGAAUGUCCCUCACCUCAAUCUUCCAAAUACUCUCUGGUUUCGUGGGGAAGAAGAAACCAGAGGGGGCCAGUGUGUAUGUGCCCUCUCAGAGCCUAGAGUUGGCCCCAGGUGGAGCUGUAAGAGAUCAGGAAGAGGGCUUCCCAGCCCGACAGCGAUGAUCCUGGAGGCAGCGUGUGGAGAGGAAAGAAGUCAAAGUAGUGAAAGGGAAUAUGAGGCCUUGGAGGGAUGUCCCACAGCUCCAGUGGCGUCUGAACAAGAGGAAGAAAAAUGGCUGGAGAGGUGUCCCAGAAACUUUCUAAUCCAAGCCUUCUCUGUCCCUCCUCCUGCCACUUCUGUUUUUAUUCCAAAGGUUCCCAGAGCAUCUCAAAUCCCCUCAACGGCCUUUCUGAACACUGAGCGGGCACGCAUUCUACUUGUCCAGAGUGGCCUCUAACUCAUCACAACCUACCCACUCACGCCCACCCCCUCUACGUACCGAACACUGAUGAUGGCAGGGUCAGGGACCUGAGGGGUAGGGGCUCCCAAACGGGCAGCUAGUCGGUGCUCUGCAGCCAGAGCUCCCUGAGGGGAAGAGAAGUUGUGUUAAGGACAAGGCCCCAGUGGUGGAGAGGGUACCCAAGAAGUGACACUGCACACCGGAUCAGACCUCUAAGGAAGUGUUGCUGGGGAGGAAAGAACCUCCAGCCUCGCCUUCUCUCAGUCGCUGAGGGCAGCAAAUCUCCGCUGCUCUCCUUGCUCCCACUGCUGCUCCUGCCGGUGCCGCCGGGCUGCCUUCCGCUCCCUUUUCCGAAUGGCCUGCCGCGCCUCCAUUUCUGCUGUCAGUGGCCCUGGCACCUGGAGGAUUUCCAGGAAGGUAUAAGCUGACCUGAGCUUUGCUGUAAUCAUAAGCAUCUGGAUUCUUCUCCAUGAAGCUCCGGGAACUCAUCACGUGUUGAUUUGUCAGCUGCAACCGUGUACGGUGGCCGGGUCCGGGAGUCCCUAGGUGCGAAAACCCAAAAAAUGAGUUCAACAUCACCUGCCUCCGGCUCCUCCCAACAUCACCCAAGCAGACCAGGGGAAACACUGCCAAGUAGCUGGUGCCAAGAUCAUCGUCAGGAGGGGCCGGCACGAGGGCCCUUACCUACUGAGCCUCUCCCAGCUAUGGCGGCUGCGUGCAGGAGGGUGAAGCCACCAGAGCCCAAGGGGGCACUGAGCAGAGACAGAACUCCAGGGUCUAGGGGGCUGGCAGCUAGCCGGAGCUUCAGCAUCCCCCAUCUCCAGCUUGGCAAGCAGCCAAGAGCACAUCCCAGAGCUCCGGCUGACCAGGGGACUUGGCCUCAUCUGGGGAAGGCCCCAAAGGGGCUGACUCUGAAAAGGCCUCAUCUCCUUGAGGUUGCUGGGAAAGAGUCAUUUGCGCCCCAGCCUCCAGGUCUUGGUUUCUCUCCCUCUUAUUCCUUUUUCUCCUCCUCUGCUUGGGCAAUACCUCAAAUUCACAAAGAUCCAGCAACCCCAGUGUCACCUCUACUAGCUCCAACUCUACCUGGGAGCCAUCCUCUCCCUCUGACUCUGAACCUAGGGAAAAAUUUGCUAUGUUAGAUCCAUCUCAGGAAUAAGCAGAGGGUAGAAGGUUGUGGGCUGCCCCAGAUGCAUAAGAAUGUACAGAGAGAAAAUCCAGAUCACUUGAAAUAAAAGUGUUUGUAUUUUGUCACCCAAGAUAAAGUAGCCCAUCAAGAGCUGAAGCCAUUAGUAUCACAUGCAGAGAUGCGGCUCGCAGCCCAGACAAGCACAGGCCCAGAAGAAGCUAUGCAGGGACAAGAGUCCUUGGACAUUCCCAUGACAGCCUUAGGGUGGUGCACAACAGAGGAAAGCACGAGCAGUGACAGCCGUGCAGGCCAACAGUCUGCAGCGAGGCAAGCAGCCCUUAGCCCAAAACCAGAGCAUCCAAGAAGACAUAAAUUAUGUAAGAUCCACACAACACACAUUCAAGCAUCGACUUCAUGCUAAGACUUUUCAAAGUACUAGAGAGAACGUCAGUGAACAAAAGAGACGAUAGAUUUGGAAAAGUCACAAAACGUGUAAUUGCUACCACAUACCCCACACUAUAAACAGACCUGUGUGUGUGUGUGUGUAGUAUGUAAGGGUUUACCUAUAAAUAGGGAAGUGAAUAAGUUAUGACAGUAGGGGAUUUGCCACUGCAGUUCUAGGACAGACCCCGAGAGAGAUUUGACAAUUGCCAGAUGGUGCUCAAACCCUGUUUGGGAGCUUCCGCAUUCCGCCCGAGUGCCUCAUUUUCAUCACUGCGGACCUUUCUUUCUUCCUCAAUGGCCUUCCUUCCUCUCAUUGUCUUCCAGUUUGUCUGAGGUAAAUCCAACCUGACUGUCUCCCGGGGGUGUUCUUCUGCCAUAAAACAAAAGAUGGUUCUCAAAUUUAGCUGAGGAGAAGCCAGCCCAGGUUUCUCUCAAUGAAGAUGCCAUCGGACUGCAGUACGAGGGCUAGAAAAUCAUCUGGGUGCACAAAUGAGAAGCCGAGGCUUGGGCCGGGAGGUUCGGGAAGGUCUAGGGAGUCUGGGGAUCUGGACAGAAGGCUCACCGUGGACAUGCGAGGUGGUCAGCUUAUGGAGCACACGCUGUAGCUCUUGGAAGGUGGGUCUGCGGGUAGCAAGGGGGAUAUCCCAAAGUCAGGGAUCCCACGUUGCAGGGGAGCCUCAUGGCCUCCAAAGAACAAGGACCGGCCAGAGCGGGGUGCACGCAUCAGUAUCGUCCCAGCCUUCUCCAGCACCUUAGCCUAGUCUGGCCCUGCCAGCAGGUCACGAACAUCCUAGAGAAGAAAGUAACUCAGCCCUGCAUCUCUUCACUUGCGACUUUUAAAUCUCCAACCAAAAUAUGACCCACAGAUCAUGUGUAGGGAGUGGGAGGCAGAAGAUAAUGGAGGGGGCUUUCCUGGUGGCACAGUGGUUAAGAAUCCACUUGCCAAUGCAGGGGACACGGGUUUGAGCCCUGGUCUGGGAAGAUCCCACAUGCCGCGGAGCAACUAAGCCCGUGCACCACAACUACUGAGGCUGCACUCUAGAGCCCUCGUGCCACAACUACUGAAGCCCAUAUGCCUAGAGCCCAUGUUCUGAAACGAGAAGCCACUGCAAUGAGAAGCCCGCGUACCGCAGCGAAGAGUAGUCCCCACUCGCUGCAACUAGAGAAAGCCCGUGUGCAGCAAUGAAGACCCAAUGCAGCCAAAAAGAAAGAAAGAAAGAAGAUAAUGGAGGGAGAAUGACAGGACUAAGAAUCCUGGGCAUUCACCCCAUUCUACCUUCAUCUACCCAAAAAUAACCAAGACGGAGGAUACAGGAGCCAGCCUCCCUACUGUGACAUUUAAUCAGUUGAGAGGGAAAAAGUGUAGAUUAGAGGAGCACCAGAUCUGGACACUUAACUCACCUUAUAUAGCAUGUCUUCACUGUAGCGCCUCAGGUUGGCUCCAGCAGAGCGGGAAGCUGCACCCCAGGCAUCCCAAAGCCCCUGGGCCGUGCCCCACUUGGCCCGCACUGUGUAACAGUAAAAGGUUUUGUGUGUCAACGCUUCUUGUCUGUAGACAGCACAGACUCAGUACUGGAAACCAGCUGGUACUCCCAGGCUACCAGGAUCCAUUCCAUCCUUACCCCAUGCAGCACCCUCUCACCCUUGGAAAACAGCACCAGCAAAGUGCCCAGCGGCAGCCAUGAGCACCACGCAGUCCCUGGGACCUCCGCUUUUCAGGUUUUGUAGCAGCACUUCUGCUGCUUCUGGGGGCACCUGGAUGACGGAGGAGCAGCACGAACAUAUCUGUGGCACUUACUGACAGCAAGAAAUAAGUGCCAAUGCUAAGUGCUUCACAUGCAUCAUCUCUUUUAAUACAACUUAUUUGUCUCCAUUUUACAAAUAAGAAAAUUUGAGGGCUUCCCUGGUGGUUGAGAGUCCGCCUGCCGAUGCGGGGGACACGGGUUUGUGCCCCGGUCCGGGAAGAUCCCACGUGCCGUGGAGCGGCUGGGCCCGUGAGCCAUGGCCGCUGAGCCUGCGCGUCCGGAGCCUGUGCUCCGCAACUGGAGAGGCCACAACAGUGAGAGACCCACGUACCGCAAAAAAAAAAAAGAAAAUUUGAGGCUUGUGGAGGUAGUCAAGGUCAAGUGGUAGAACCAUAAUUCAAACCUAGAUUGGUCUAUUUCCAAACUUAAUUCCAUUACACUUGACCCUUCUAAGAGUCAAGCCAGUUCAAUCCAAGACUGUGCUGUCAAGUGUGAUACCCACCCCCAACAGGAAAGAAGGAAAGAAUUGAGACACGGACUGUGCUGAGGGAAAGUCUAGGCUGAGUAUACAGAAGGCUGGAGUUGACCACACGACCUGUGCAGGCACUUGCCUGGCGAGGGCCUAGGACACAGCAAUAGGCAUCAAGAAACUGGCCCUGGGCAUUCUGGAAAAGAACCCGAUGCGGGUGGAAGCCUCGGGGUCAGUCAGGCUUCUCAAACUCAGCCCUCUCCUCAUCCAGUAUCUGCAAGUCCUCCUCACUGGCUGAGUCCGAGUCUUCUGAUCCUGAGAUGCUGGAAAGAUCUCCUGAGAACAACAUGAGAUACGCAAGUUUGGUGCCCCAUCUUUGACCUUUCCUCAAGCUCCUAAACUAGGGUCUUUCUCCAUCCCCAUGACCUAUCCGCACACAGGUCUCCCAACAGUCAUCACCUGUGGAGCUCUGCUUUUCAAAGUCCAGGGCAGACCGGAGAGGCUUGUCCUUGAGAUGCUGCUUUAGGUUAAACCGAUGCCAGUCAAGCUUAUAAUGUUCCCUCUAGCAGGAGGCAAAGAAGGAAGCACAGUGUGGAAGCAUGGCCCAGCCUGGCCUUUUAUGGUAUCCAAGACCUCUAACAGAACUCCAGGAAGUAUGACCAGGUAACACUAACUUUCUUAGUUAAAACAUGGAACUUUAUUCAUUAAAGACAAAAUGUCUACCUCUCCCCACCCACCAUUACACCUUUGCUUCCACCAUUUAGCUCUGUACCUGGUCUUUUACCUGUUCCUGGUGGUUCUGGAAGGUCUGGUCACAGGUUGAACGAAACAACUUCUCUGAAAUAUCCAGAGGACCCUGGAGUGGUUUUCUUUCUGGGCUUAUUCUCUCCCCUGAACCUAAAUAAGGGGAGGGUAAACAGAGGUAGAAAAGGAGCCCAAAUCCACAGUAUCUAGGAUUACAUUCAGUGUCUGAUAUACAAAGCAGAGGAGGAUACAAAAAGAGAUGGCACGUCCUUGCCUGCAAGGAAUUUACAAUCUAGUAAUAAUGAAGCGAAUAGCACAACAAUCACCUUAUACAAUAAAUAUGCUUCUGAAAAGAUGUACGUAAAAUAAAUAUAAAUCAAACAUUGUAUGUAAAUUAACCAAAGGGAUUGUUUAGAGAAAUCCUAGAAAAUGAUUUCUGGUAAAGUUAAAAUUCUUUUUAACUGUGCAAAAGUCACUUCCCAAAUGCCACUUUUUUAGCUUAUAUUUCCAAUUACAGUGUGCAGUUUGUUUUUUAAAAAGGUACAAGAGAAACAGCCAAACUAAAGCUGUAUGAAACCAAGAGUAAGUUGUUUUAUAUUCAGCAAGAAGGAAUGACUUGAUUGGAAUAGUUAAAUUUGGACUAUGUCAAGGAAUUUUGAAGUGUUUUUGUAGGCAGUGGUGGUAACGUGAUGAGGCAUAAACAAUGGCAAGAGACUUGUUUGGAGACAAUUCAGGAGCCUGUUCUGGAAAUCCAGAGAUCGAGUGAAUUCUUUUUUUUUUUUUGACCAAAAUAUAGAUUUUAAUUUUACACG